CAAGGACCCACAAAAGCACCAUUAAGGAGAACUUUUUGCCCUUUUCUUUUUUGGCACUCCAUCACAAGUCCUCCUAAAACCCAUUUUCUUUGUUCUGCAUAAUUUCUUUAGGACAAGAAGUUUGCUUUUUCCAGGAUGGUUUUGCAAGUUCUUUGCUUGGCUUUCCUUGUAUGCAACUCUCUCUCACUUGUCAGUUGUAUAAAUGAAGAAGGAUUGGCUCUACUUUCGUUCAAGGAAUCCUUAACGAAAAACCCCGAAAGCUCUCUGAGUACCUGGAACUCAUCAGACCAAACCCCAUGUUCAUGGGCUGGAGUUACAUGCAGAGAAGAAAAGGUUGUAUCUCUCAGUAUUCCAAACAAACAGCUUUCUGGGAUUUUCCCUCGUGCUCUUGGGAACCUCUCCGCCCUGCGCCAUCUGAAUCUCCGGGAGAACAAACUCUCCGGAAGCUUGCCGUCUGAGCUUUUCAAUGCAAAAGAGCUCCAGAGCUUGGUGCUGUCUGGAAAUUCAUUAUCUGGUUCUGUUCCAGCUGAGAUAGGGAAGCUCAGUUACCUGCAAGCAUUAGAUCUUUCGCAAAAUUCAUUCAAUGGUUCGAUACCUUCAUCUAUAGUUCAGUGCAAGAGACUAAAGAUCCUUGUCCUUGCUCAAAACCAUUUCUCUGGCUCCCUUCCACAAGGUAUGGGAAUCAGUUUUGUUCAUCUUCAAAAGCUCAAUAUUUCCUUCAAUAUUCUCGGCGGUUCGAUUCCUGAGGAAAUGAGCAACUUGUCAAGUUUGAGAUCAACCCUUGAUAUGUCUCAUAACUUGUUCAACGGUUCUAUUCCGCCAUCCCUAGGAAGCUUGCCUGAGACGGUAUACAUUGAUCUCAGUUACAACAAUCUCAGUGGACCGAUUCCACUGAAUGGUGCUCUGAUCAAUAUAGGACCAACGGCUUUCGUAGGCAAUCGUUUACUCUGUGGACUGCCGUUGAAGAUUUCAUGCUCUUCAAGCAGUCAAAACUUCGAUUCUCAAAAUUCAGGCGGCAGCUCUGGUAUGAAUGGGAAACACAACUCAAGCAGAGGUAUUUUUGUGAUUACUGUUUCUGCAGGCGUCAUCGCUGGAAUUUUUAUUGCUGGGUUUUUGUUCUCCAACUGGUACAAGAAGGUUUGUACCUGCAAAAUACGUGAACGUUUUGCUGGCUGCAAAUUUGAACAAAAACUAAAGGUCGGAAAUGACCUAUUCUGCUUCAAAAGACAUGGCAUGGAUACCGUACCAGAGAAUUUGGAGCAUUACUAUUUUGUGCAAGUGGAUCUGCAGGUGAAUUUAGAUCUUGACAAACUGCUGAAAUCAUCUGCUUUUCUUCUGGGUAAUAGUGGGAUCGGGAUUGUGUACAGAGUUGUUCUUGAAGACGGAAGAACUGUAGCAGUGAGAAGAUUGGGAGAUGGAGGUUCCCAAAGGUUCAAGGUAUUCCAAAAUCAAAUUGAAGCAAUAGGAAAGAUGAGGCAUCCAAAUAUUGUGAAUCUUUUAGCAUAUUGCUGGUCUGUUGAUGAGAAACUGCUUAUCUAUGAUUAUAUCCCAAAUGGUGACCUUGCUUCUGCAAUUCAUGGGAAACCUGGAAUGGUAUCCUUCACACCUCUUUCUUGGCCUGCACGUCUGAAAAUCAUGAAUGGCUUGGCAAAAGGAUUGGCUUAUAUUCAUGAAUUUAGUCCCAGAAGAUAUGUGCAUGGAAACUUGAGGCCUAGAAACAUACUGCUUGGACAAAACAUGGAACCCCGUAUCUCCGACUUCGGACUAGGCCGCCUUGCUAACUUAACUGAAGAGUCCUUGUCAUCAUCGUCAUUUCAACUGGAACAAAUAAUGGCUGAAACACCACCUCAGAAUUCUCCAUAUGUGCAAAGGACAUCGAGCUCACUGGCAGCACCCGGACCUUGCUAUAAAGCUCCUGAAGCAUCAAAAGUAACCAAGCCAUCACAGAAAUGGGAUGUUUACUCAUUUGGGGUAGUUAUUCUGGAGAUGAUUUCUGCCAAAAUGCCAUUUAUGAGAAUUGGUUCUUUGGAAAUGGAUUUGAUACAACAGUUUCAGCUCUGCAUUGAGGAAAGGAAGCCACUCUGCGAUCUGUUAGACCCGUUCCUAGCUCCUGAUGUAGACAUGAAAGAGGAGAUUGUUGCGGUGCUGAAAAUCGCUCUUGCUUGUGUUCAUAAAAGCCCUGAAAAGAGACCUUCUAUGAGGUUUGUCUGUGAUAAUUUGGCCAGGUUGGCCUAGUAUUGUGGGCUAGUUCAAGGUUAGAAACAUAAUAUUUGUGGUUCUAUGGGUUAUUGUACAUCAUAAUAUCAUAUAUUUGUAUUUAUUCCCC